AUGGCCAGCGCCAGGAGCAUCGAGCUGGAGCACUUCGAGGAGCGGGACAAAAGGCCGAGGCCGGGGUCGCGGAGGGGCGCGCCCAGCCCCGCGGGGGGCGGCGGCGGCUCGGGCCCCAAGGGGAACGGGCUCAUCCCCAGCCCGGCGCACAGCGCCCACUGCAGCUUCUACCGCACGCGCACCCUGCAGGCCCUCAGCUCGGAGAAGAAGGCCAAGAAGGCGCGCUUCUACCGGAAUGGGGACCGCUACUUCAAAGGCCUGGUCUUUGCCAUCUCCAGCGACCGCUUCCGGUCCUUCGAUGCGCUCCUCAUGGAGCUCACCCGCUCGCUGUCGGACAACGUGAACCUGCCCCAGGGCGUCCGCACCAUCUACACCAUCGACGGCAGCCGGAAGGUCACCAGCCUGGACGAGCUGCUGGAAGGUGAGAGUUACGUGUGUGCAUCCAACGAGCCAUUUCGUAAAGUUGACUACACCAAAAAUGUCAACCCGAACUGGUCUGUGAACAUCAAGGGUGGAACCUCUCGGACCUUGGCCUCCACCGCCUCUGUGAAAAGUGAAGUCAAAGAAAGUAAAGACUUCAUCAAACCCAAGUUAGUGACUGUGAUUCGAAGUGGAGUGAAGCCUAGAAAAGCCGUGCGGAUCCUUCUGAAUAAAAAGACUGCUCAUUCCUUUGAACAGGUCCUAACUGAUAUCACCGAAGCCAUUAAGCUCGACUCGGGAGUGGUCAAGAGGCUGUGCACCCUAGACGGAAAACAGGUUACCUGUCUGCAAGACUUUUUUGGGGAUGAUGAUGUUUUUAUUGCAUGUGGACCUGAAAAAUUCCGUUACGCCCAAGAUGACUUUGUCCUGGAUCACAGUGAAUGCCGUGUCCUGAAGUCAUCUUACUCUCGAUCCUCAGCUGUUAAGUAUUCCGGAUCCAAAAGCCCUGGGCCCUCUCGUCGCAGCAAGUCACCAGCUUCAGUAAAGCGGGGUGGCCACUACUCCAGUGCCUAUUCUACAGCCAAAUCCCCAGUUAACGGAACUCCCAGCAGCCAACUUUCCACUCCUAAAUCUACAAAAUCCUCCAGCUCCUCUCCAACCAGCCCUGGAAGUUUCAGAGGAUUAAAGAUUUCUGCUCAUGGCAGAUCAUCUUCCAAUGUAAACGGCGGACCUGACCUGGACCGUUGCAUGAGUCCUGAAGGUUUGAAUGGAAACAGGUGUUCUGAAUCAUCCACUCUUCUUGAGAAAUACAAGAUUGGGAAGGUCAUUGGUGAUGGCAAUUUCGCAGUUGUCAAAGAGUGUAUAGAUAGGUCUACUGGAAAGGAGUUUGCUCUAAAGAUUAUAGACAAAGCCAAAUGUUGUGGAAAGGAACACCUGAUCGAGAAUGAGGUGUCAAUAUUGCGCCGAGUGAAACAUCCCAACAUCAUCAUGCUGGUCGAGGAGAUGGAAACAGCAACUGAGCUCUUUCUGGUGAUGGAGUUGGUCAAGGGCGGAGAUCUCUUUGAUGCGAUUACUUCUUCGACCAAGUACACUGAGAGAGACGGCAGCGCCAUGGUGUACAACCUCGCCAAUGCCCUCCGAUAUCUCCAUGGCCUGAGCAUUGUGCACAGGGACAUCAAGCCAGAGAACCUCUUGGUGUGUGAGUACCCCGACGGAACCAAGUCGUUGAAACUGGGGGACUUCGGGCUGGCGACGGUGGUGGAAGGCCCUCUGUACACGGUCUGCGGCACGCCCACCUACGUCGCUCCGGAGAUCAUCGCUGAGACCGGCUACGGCCUGAAGGUGGACAUUUGGGCAGCCGGCGUGAUCACGUACAUUCUCCUGUGUGGCUUCCCACCAUUCCGAAGUGAGAACAAUCUCCAGGAGGAUCUCUUCGACCAGAUCUUGGCUGGGAAGCUGGAGUUCCCAGCCCCCUACUGGGAUAACAUCACUGACUCAGCCAAGGAGCUAAUCAGUCAGAUGCUUCAGGUGAACGUGGAAGCUCGAUGUACUGCAGGACAAAUCCUGAGUCACCCCUGGGUGUCAGAUGAUGCCUCCCAGGAGAACAAUAUGCAGGCGGAGGUCACAGGUAAACUAAAACAGCACUUUAAUAACGCGCUCCCCAAACAGAACAGCACCACCACCGGGGUCUCUGUCAUUAUGGUAAGUGGGGCGCAGCCCGGAGUGCUCUGCCGCAGGUGGCCAGAGCUGCUGUGGUGUGAGGCUGGGGCCUCCGUGUCCCCCGGGUGGCCUUCCGAAGGGCACUCACUGGCCCCGUUCCAGGCCCUGCAUGCUGGGCGCUGUGGGCAGGGGCCGUGCAGGCUCCAGGGAGGCCAGGCUGCUGGGUGCAGGUGUGGGGACCCGAUGCGCUCUGCGGUCGCUGUCUGCACCGAGACGGUGCCCUGGGUGUGGCGGUAUAAACAGAUAGCUCCCCCUCCGGGGUGUCCAGCGUAGAUUAUUCAAGGCAUUGAUUAUUCUGUGGGAUUUGGGAUAAGAAGUAGUCAAAGUGAAACAAAUUUCUUUCUUUUUUUUAAGAAAAUAACAUUUUAUAAAAGACAGUUUGGGGGCUCUCAAAACUACAGAACAACACUUUUUAAAAAAUUAUAAUGUUCUCCAGGUUAGUAGAAUUUUAUGAAAAGUCAGUAACAAUGAUCACCGUUAUUUCUUAUGAAAGAAAAGGUUAUUUCUUUCGUAACCUUUUUACAAAAUUUUUUUAACAUGUCCCUGCCAGCUUAACACAGCAGUGGUAGGUACGUGUGGGGUCGUUUUGGGGACUGUCCCAUGCCACCUGACGGCACAGUCAUGCAUGUACCAGUGGUGGUUCAGAGCCACCCAGCUGCCAGACGGGAAGGACGGCCCCAUCGUGAACGUGCGAUCUAAGUGUAUAAACACAACACAGUAAAAUGAAAAGUAGCAUUAAAGUAAGGGAAGGCAAAGGAAAACGGCAGAAACAAGAAGAGUGAGCCUGAAGUGAGGUCGGUAGGCACAGUGCCGGCCGUCCAGGCCUGAGCCCUGUGAAGCCGGCCAGGCUGAGCGGCCCCCACCGAGCUGGCGGGGAGUGGCGGGGUCGCCUUCCCCGGAGCACCGGCCUCUCCGAGGGCAUGCGCAGCUGCCCAGCCCGGGGCACCUCCGGGUCCCCACAGCCGCGUUGUGCCUGUCACAGCGCUGGCCUCUCACUUCCUGGGAAGGGCGCGGCCGCAGGGAGAGCCGUGCCUUUUCCUCACCGCCCCUGGUAACCCCGGAACUUGGUCUAGGAAGGCGAAAGGUGCAGGGAGGAGCGGGAAGGACCCCCGCCCCGGCCCUGUGAGCACCCAGCGCCCCGCCGUGCCCCACGAGCGUCCACCCUGCGCUUAGCACCUGCUGGCUGUCGUGCUGGGCCUCUCCCCGGGGGCCGUGUUAGUUUGGCUGCCCUCUGGAUGGCUUCCAUCUUUCCCUGUGGCCCUGCCAGAAAGGGUGCUGUCGCUCCCCGCUCCGACAGACGGGGCCUCGUGACAGCUUGCAGGCCUCGGGAGCUGCUCCCUGCCGAAGCGUGGGGCGGCUGCCGCCUGCCCUCAUGGUUUCCCUCGCAGUUUAUAGUGUUUUGCUGAGAGGGUAAGAGAGUCUGAGUUGUUACAGAAUUAUAAACACUUGGAAAAGAACCUUCUGUACAGAGCCGGCAGCACGGGGACAUUAUGAAGUGAUCCCCUUAGGAGAGCUGGCCCCAGUGGCGGAGAGACAGUGCAGCUCUGCAGUGCUCUGUGUUACGAGGGAGCUUCGGGAACAAUUUGGAAAACGAAACCUCCAAAGUCGGCCCCGCCAAGCCAGGAGUACAGCUCAGUGGCAGAGCGCAUGCUUAGCGUGAACGAGGCCCUGAGUUCCAUCCCCAGCACUAGAGCGAGAAACAUUGGCGUCGUGCACAUGUGGUGAAAAACCGUAAGGGAUUUGUUGGAAUCAGAAUUUAGUAACUCUGUUUGUGAGCCAGAGAGGCAUCUAAGAGGAGGCAGUAUUGCAGCCUGUGCGGGAGCUGAGGAGAACCCGCUCGGGUCCCUGGUGUGGUCCCCUUCCUGCCCCAGGAGGACGCGGUGCCUGCGGGGCUUCCGGGCACCUCUGGGCGGAGGCUCCGGGCUGCUGGGCUGUCGGGCCUUGGGCCCGGGUCCGCUGUGUCCUGGGCAGCGACGCGGAGGCCCCGCAGACAGCCCUGUCCUGUGGGUCCCUUGCUGAAAGUGGAGAGUUCGCCAGGCUCCACCGUCCCAUCCCGACAGAGGCCACUGGCACAGCUCGUGGGGAGCCCGCCUCGGGGAGCCUCGCCCUGUGCUGUGGCCGAAGGCGGCCCCGAGAGGAGAGAGGCAGAUAAACGAAAGACAGCUGUUGAGAGAGAAGUGAGGAUUAACGGGAAGAGGAAGGAUGCACGAGGAAGGAGAGGAACAGAAGGCAGCUUCUGGGGAAGCUUAGAAGAAGUUACACCAGCCUUCGUCAGCGUCACGGCAGUGUGACUCUGGAAGCUGGGUUGGCGCGCCGCUCAGCGCGUUGGCAGGGCCUAACUGCGUGCUCCCCGCAGGACCGCAGGCGCCAGGGAGCCGCCCGCUGGCCCCGUCCUCGCCACGUUCCCGCAGCUGAGCUCCGUCAGUGGGAGUGCGCUGCCUGCCCGCCCU